AAUAAAAAAGUUACAAGUCCAUGAUUCAAUCUAGUUUUGUCCUUGCAAAUUUUCAGAACUAAAAUUUUUUCAAGUUCAAGAAUUAAUCUAGUUUUAUCUAUUCGUAACGCAAUUUUUUUUUAAAACAACAGAUCAAAAGCAGCUUAAAAUUUUUAUAAAUGGUCAAUAACAGAUUAACUAGUCUAAAUAGAGUUUAAUUAUAGUCGUCCUGAUGAAAGCUUGGGAUUUUUUUCCUAACAAUUCUUUCCCCCACCACCAUCAUAAUAGGAUGUGCGCAUAUGGAAAAGCCACCAAACCCAACAUUUGAAGUGUGGGGAAAAAAACCGUGGUGGGAAAAAAUCCCAAGCUUCCAUCGGGAUGACUAUAGACUAGAUCAAAUUAAAUUUUUCGGUCCGGAUAGAUCAAAAACCAAUUAAAAUUUUCAAAUAAAUUCAAUAACAGACCAAAUAAUCCAAAUACCAUCGAGUUAGACUAAAAUCAGAUCAAAUUUUUCGACCCGGGUAACAUCUCGAUGAGUUAAAAAAUUUUAAUCUUCAUUUUUAUCUAUAAUUUAUAAUAUGCUAACACGAAAAGUUUAAUUUAAAUUUUUGAGCUGAAACUUUGUCUAUUUGCUAAGGUCUCCCUGAUAGCGAGAUUUUCUGGUCACAAAGUUGCGAUCAAAUGCCAACUUUUGCCAUCAACUUUUUGAGUCAGAAAGUUGGCGAUCAGUUGCCAACUUAUGAAAAUGCCAAUUUUUGCGGUCAACUUGGUGACAAGUUGCUCUAGUAGCCUAGGAAAUCAGAGUUUCAGCUCGGAAAUUGAAAUGAAACUUUUGACAUCUUGAUGAUAUACAAUAUAUAUAAAAAAUUGCAAUUCAACUUUUUAGCUCUCAUAUACCUAAAAUAACAUGUCAAUUUGACGUAAAAUUAAAGCUGCUAUUUUACAUUAAGUUUAUGUGUCAUUUGUUUAAUAUCAAUUUUUGAGUUAAAUGUUGAUUAUCUAGAAAGUUAUCUGAUAGCUAAAGUUGGCAGCAAAAGUUUGUACUUCCAUAAGUAGAUGUCAACUUUCUGAGAAAAAUGGUGGCAAAAGUUGUCAACAAGUUGUAGCAGUUGAUUGUCGAGAACUAUCGGGGAAAGUUGAUGCCAACUUGUAGUCAACAGUUACAAAAGCUGAAAGUUGUCAACAAAUUGUCGUCAAGUUGGUCGCAAACUGAUCAGAAACUCUGGCUAUCAGAAGCUAGUCACUGAAUAUUCAAAAUGGAAAAUUUCUACUGUAGCAUCCGUAGUUUCAGUUCUUUAUAACUUAAAAAGUCAGAUGCCGCUCUAUACUUAUUCUGACAUUCCCUUUUGCUUAACAUUCUUUUACUUACCCUAACACGCUGCAUAACCCUAAAAAAACACGUUCUCAAUCACUAUCUCCAUCAGUUACGCUUGGCACUUCACCAGUGAUUAGUGAAAGUAAUUAAAUAGCACCAGGUGUGUCUCCAUCAUCACCUUUUACAAUUCCAGUGCUAGUAUACAUCCUCCAAUAUGUCAUCAAAAUCGAAAAAAGAUAUGGAAGAAGUAACGGAUAAAAUUUCCGACAUGUCAGUCGAGGAUCCAGGUAAAAAAUUAUCUCACAAAGAAAAGAAAAAAUUAAAAAAACAGCAGGAAUAUGAGAAAAAUUUGGAGAUGAUGACCAAAAUCGGUGGUCAGGGUCACAGUGAACUAGAUUCAAAUUUCACCGUAUCUCAAAGUGAAACACAAAACCGUGGCGCGCAAUUAUAAGAGCAUGCUGUUGACAUAAAAGUCGAAAACUUCAGUAUUGCUGCUAAAGGAAAACAAUUGUUCACUGAUGCUACUCUAUCGAUAGCUCAGGGUAGACGUUAUGGUCUCGUCGGUCCUAAUGGACAUGGAAAGACAACACUACUACGUCAUAUAGCAAAUAGAGCAUUCAAUAUACCACCAAAUAUCGAUGUACUCUAUUGUGAACAAGAAGUUGUCGCUGAUGACACACCAGCUGUUCAAGUUGUACUUAAUGCUGAUAUUAAAUGCAAAGAAUUACAAAAUGAAUGUCAGAAAUUAGAGCUACAAGCUGAAUCUAAUAGCGACGAAGCCAUCCAAGCACGAUUACAAGAGGUGAUUUAUUUAUUCAUCUAUAUCUAUUUCUCUUCGAAUGUUCAUCACGCAAAAAAUACUGAAUAUUUUGACACGAAAUUCACACCAUAAACUUCUGUACUCUAAAACUAUAUUUUUUUCAAAUUUCAAUUAAUAACCCAAGUAGCACACUUGCCUGUGUGACAUCUAUAGGAUAUCAAUUCUUGGACUGUUUUUUGACAUAUCAAUAAGGCACCAACAUGUCAUUAUGAAUCUUAAUUUUAGAAUUGCGGUAAAAAUAUAGGUCGUAUAAAAAGAACAUAAGAAACAUUUUUUUUAUAAAAUUAAAUUUCCUACAACUUUUGUUUUAAAACUUUUUUUAUAAGAUCAAUAUUUUCGUCUGAAUAUCAAACAUAUGAACCAUUCAGUUUGAAACUAAGGCAAAAAUCUUGUCUCCAGAUAUCAUUUUUAGGCUAUUUUUUGACACAUAGAUAAGGCACCAGCAUGUUAAUAAAAUGAUAAGAAAUUCAUGUCACCAAAAAAAUAUCUACUUAAAAGACUUGACAAGUGACGACAAAAAGUAAAUUACAAAUAGUGGUAAAAUAAGUGAUCGAAAGGAUUUUUUAAUUGACAUGUCCUUGGAAAAUUUUAUCGAUUAUCGAUCGUUCUUUUUUUUUUUAAAUAAAACAAAAAAACAUUAUCUAUAGGACAUUCCACUUCUAACCCAAAUAGCCAGUUGAACUUAACUAACAGUCAAAUUGAAUCAGAUAUUUCACGUUUACGUGGAAUAAAAAAUUGACUUCGAUGCGGACUCUAGAUGAUCAACAUUUUAACUCGAAAUUAAUGUGAAACUUUUGACAUCUCGAUGACCUAUAGUAUAUAUAAAAAAUUUUAGUUCAACUUUUUAGCUCUUUUAUACGUAAAAUUACAUAUAAACUCGAUGUAAAAUUAAAGCUGAUAUUUUACAUUAAAUUUAUAUGUUAUUUUACGUAUAAAAGAGCUAAAAAGUUGAACUGAAAUUUUUUAUAUAUACUGUACAGUUUGGAGCAUUAAUGCCUGGUCUUUGGAUCUGAUCUAAAACAUAUUCUAAUGUCUAAUCAUAUAUGAUAGUAAAAAUAUACUCCAACCGAGUAAUAUUUUCUUGAAUUAAGAAUUUGUAUACUUAUUUUAAAAAAUUAUUCUUGGUUCGAGUAAAUUUUUACUAAGAUUAAACAAAUAUUUACUCGAGAGAAUACAAACACGCAGAUACUUGAAUAUAGUUUUUUUUUCAGUGUAGAUGACAAAUUAUAAAAGGCUUUUAAAAAUAUCAUAAUGCAAACAUGAAAAACGUUUCUUCAUAUGUUUACUUCUUUAACGUUAAUUUUUUUUAUAAUUAAAAUUUUAAUGCCGUUUCGUUGUAAUUAAAAAAAAAAAAUCUCGUGAAAAUUGCUGACUAAAAAAAAGAAAAAAAAAAGUAGCACCCAAUCACUCGGGACUUGACUGAAGUAUAUGAUAAAUAAUAAUAACCUAAUAAUAAGUAAUACAUAGAUAAUAACUAGCUGCCAUUUGGUAUCAUUAGGGUGCUCCGUUUGAAACGAACAUUUUUUUUUCUUCACUCCCCAUCAGAAAUCUUGUUCUAUACGUUAAAAUAAAAAUUUUGUCUAAUUUUGAGCUCUUAAUAUUAAUAUUAACCACUGGAACAACGUCGUCGAAGUUUUUCCAUGAAGAGAAUUGUAUGCUCUAUAAAAAAAAGCCAGUAUCUGCUUAGCUCUGAGUUCAACUCUAUAGAGUUAUUCAUUGAAAAGGAAAAAAACUAAAUUUACGUGCUUUUAGCAUGGAAAAACUUCGACGACGUUGUUCCAGUGGUUAAUAUUAAUAUUAAGAGCGCAAAAUUGGACAAAAUUUUUAUUUUAACGUAUAGAACAAGAUUUCUGAUGGGAAGUGAAGAAAAAAAAAUGUUUGUUUCAUACGGAACACCUUAUUGUAUCAUAGUAUACUAUAGUCACUCAUAUUAUUCCUCACAAAGACUCAAGGUUGCUUAUAUAUACUAUCUACCCAAUGAAUGAUAAGCCAGUUGUUGAUCAGAACUCGUAGUCAGACGCAAAGUAUUUUUAAUUUUUACAACAUGAUUUAUUAUCAGUUGUGCGAUACUUGUAAUAAACCACUGGUCAAUGAAAAUAAUUUACGAACAUCCCGCAUACGUACAUGUUUAUAUAUUUCAACUGGUGUUACUGUUGGUGGUUUAAUUGGUUCUACAGUAUUGCCGUUCGUUGGUUUUGGAUCUGCUGGAGUAACGGCUGGCUCAGUUGCAGCAGGAUGGCAAACACCAACCAUAGCCGCUGGAUCAUUAUUUGCAAAAUUACAAUCUUUGGGUGCAACUGGUGCAGGAGAUUUGCUUUUCGGGGUUUCUGGUAGUAUUAUUAAUGGAUUUGGCGCACGCUACUUUACUGCAACUGAUUGGUGUUCUUGUCCUGAAAAUAACAAUUAACCACUACACACCAGAAAAAAUUAUUAAACAUAAACUCAUUUAUUCAAUCAUGAUUAUCAGAUGCUGAUGUCGACACACCGAUAUUCUGUUCUUUAUACUGAUAUCUCAUAUUACAUUCUUGGUAUUUAGUUUGGGAUUUUAAUUUUUUUUACUGCGCAAUUAAUUUACUAAACUAACUCAUCUACUACACUAUGCACACUUUUGAGUUAUUUUAUUAUUUAACAGUACUAUUUGCAGUGUGUUUGUCAAUUAUAUUCAAAUCAUGAGCAACAAUAUCAAAAUUAUCAAAAUCUUUGAGUUUAAUUAUGUAUGGUGUCUUUUUAAAACCUCAAUGCUACUAGAGUGCAUUAUAGAGUGAAUAGUGUUGUGUCUGUUAAAUUUAUUAUGAUCAUUAAUUGGUCUUAGGUUAAUUAAUUAUUAUUAUUAUUUUAAUUAGUUGAUGUUUUCUAUGAUCAUAAGUCAUAAAUGGUAAUAAUUAUUAAGAUUACCGAUAGGAUUUGCAUAUCCCAAAAGAACAAAUUUGUAGGCCCCUGUCUGAAAAUAUAAAUUCUGUAACAGACACUCCAAAAUGCAUUUUAUCUUAUUAUGCUUUCCUGGUUUAAAUUUCAUCACUUUUUUUUUUUUAUAAUUAUUUAUAAUAUAAGAAAAAUGACAAUAUUAUAUCAUUAAUUUCUUGUCAUUCGAAAAUUUUUGUCGAAAUAUUUUACUUAAGUGGGCUUAGAAAAAAUUAGUGAUACAAAUAAUCAUUUAUGUAAGAUCACUGAAUACUCAAAUAGAUUAAAAACCUCAUUAGAAUAGUAUAAUGACCAAAGAGAUAGCAAGUUUAUAUUUACAAAAUUCAGGUCAAUUGUAGGUCUCAAUGUUCGUUCGAGAAAAAAUAGAGAAAUGUUUUUUUUUUUUUUCCAAUUUUCAAGGCAAUAACUUGUAUUAUUUGAUUUAUUUCGAAUCUCAAAUGAUGAAAAAAUCAAUUUAUUUAAUACACAAAAUUUUUGCAUCAAAGUAAAACUUAUUUCAUUGAUUGAUAAAAGAGAAAAUUCUUUUUAAAUCUUUACUUCAAAGAACAAAAAAAAAUUCUGGAAAACAGUUGACUCUGUCGGCUAACCCCAAACUUCCCGCUUCUCGCUUCUCGUAAACAAAUGGAAGUUAUCAAAAAAUUGAAGCGCACUUUGCUAGUUCAUAGAGUAAAGCAUCGCAACUGUGCCUUUAUUUUGUGUUUAGGCCUUUUAUUUCGGAGAAAAACUCGGACAAAAUUAUCUGAUAACCGUUCCUAAGUUAUACUUGAAUAAAUCUCAAAAAGGUUUCAAGAUAAAAGAAUUUUUAAAUUGAUUCAGAAAUAAGAUUUGAUUUACGGAUUUUCCUCUUUACCUACAUAGGGGAGACUGGGAUUCACGGCUCCUGGCGGCCGCUACGGUAGGCUUGCCAUAAACAAAAUUUUUCAAGUUCGGCCGGGUAUGAAAGGAAUAAGGAAAAAAUUUUAUUUAAAAUUUUAUUUAUUAAUAAUUAAUUCGCAAUCAAAACAUCGAUAAAACAUUUUAAUUUGUCAUUUUUUUUUCUUAUUUACCUCUUCUUUUUAUUUAUUUAUAUUUCGUAUUAUUUUUAUAUUUAUUAGAUGACGCAACCGCUUGAAGUAGAGAUUUAUUAUUUUUUAUUUUAUCAUAAAAUGUUACACAAUCAUCAGAAUUAUUUAUUUUAAUUUUGAGUAAUUCCUCUAAUACUGAUACUUUCAACCGUCCUUUUUCUGGACCCCAGGGAUUUUUCAUUACCGAAAAUUUUCUCUCGAUGCUAACAGAGCUCCCAGAAAUGCAAACAACAAAUUCACCAACGUUUAAGAUAUUGCUUAUUGAUACAUUAGUCUUUUGAGUAAUUUUAGAAACUUUUUACCACUUCUUUUCUGUUUCUAAUGCAGUCCAUUCGUCAGCGCUUUCAGAUUUUUCAUGACUUAUUAUAUUAUUUAAUUUCAUUUUUUCAUCAAACAGUGCAUCCCGAUCACAAUUAUUUUCUUCUGCAACCGAUGCAAUUUUAGUAUAACUUUUUUCUAAAUUAUUCUAAUCAAUUUCGUGUUUUAAAUCUACAUUGAAAAAAAAAAUUAUUUGAGACAACUAAGAUUUAUUUGAGCCAAAGAUAUCGUACAUUGGGAUAUGUCCAAAUAAAUAUGUAAUUAUGAGAAAGAUAUAAUGUAUUUGAGUAGUUUAAUUGCGUGAAAUAAGUGAUUUAUUUGUGGUAAAGAAAUAAAUCAAUUGCUACAAAUAAAUAAUGGCUACAAAUAUAUGUACAGUAUCGCCAAAUUUUAGGUUAUUUGUCACAAAUUUAAUAUCUUUACCACAAAUAUACCAAUUACUUACCACGCAAACAAAUUAUAUAUUUCUGUCAAAUUAUAAAAUUAUUUUAAUCAACUGUCAUAUUUAUUUGUCAUUAAUAAAUGUUUGAAAAAAAGCCACAAACAAAUUAAUUUAUUUGGGACAAAUAUUUCUUUUUUUCAUUUUGAAAAUUUCAUUAAAACUGGUUAUAUCAGCUAAAUAAAAUUUUUUUAAUAAAUUUGAAGUCCUUGGGAUUAUAAAGUUAGGAAAAUAGUAUAUUUGUGUUUAAAAUCUUUUUUUUUUUCAAUAAAAAAAAAAAUAAAAAUUUUUUUCAAGUUUUUUUUCGGAGAGCAGUUGUGCCCCAGAAAGAAAUUUUUUUUAUUUUUUUUGAAUUUUGGUAAAAUCUUAAUAGAUUGCUUAAGAAAGGGCCAAAAUAGGUUGACCUAUAGAUUAACAGUCAUAAAAGAUAAUUGCUGGCUCAAGGAGGCCGUCGUGCCCCGGUUUCUCCUAAGUACUUAUAAUUUUGAUUCUUUUUCUUAGCUGGCCCUUUGUUACAAUUUAUCAGACUUAAUUACUUUUUCAAUAGUCAUAAUUAAUUAUAUCUUCUACUUUCAUGUUAUACGCAUAUAAUAUCCUUCGGGAUAAUUUAUAACACACGGAAAUACACGGAAAGAAAAUUCUAACAAAAUUUACGAUGUUAACAUUGAAUCGUGGUCUAGACUUUCAUUGGCAUCAAUUUAUAAAUGUCUUAUUUCAAAAUUUACUAUAGUCUUUGUUAAAAUUACGAUGUUAAAUAGUAAAGAUUACAAUCUACAUCGUAAUUUUAACAAAGACUAUAGUAAAUUUUGAAAUAAGACAUUUAAAAAUUGACGCCAACGAAAGUCUAGUCCACGAUUACGAUGUUUACAUCAUAAAUUUUAGUAGAAUUUUCUUUCCGUGCAGCUGUUUGGAAAUCAUUAAGAUAUUUAUCUAUUUGUCUAACACAAUUUUUUUUUCUAAGCCGAUACAUUUGUUGAAUCUGCAGAAUGUUAAUACAAUACUCUGGGAAAUCCCCAUGUCAUUUUCUUUCUUAUUAUUAAUCUCUAUUACAAAAAAACCCUCAAAAGUUUCACAAAAAUAUCAUCUAUUCCAUACACUGUAAAAAAUCACCGGCGUAAGUCCAAGCGGUGUAGGUGUUAAAAUCAGCGGUGUUAAAUUUUAACACCAAAAGCAGUCUUGUACCGGUGUUAAAACAAAUUCUUCGGUGUUAAAAUAACGCCGCCGCCGGUGUAGGUAUUUUUUACCGGUGAUAAAAUAUAUUAUUUUUACUUACUCGAUCACUAUACUUGUUAAUAAAUGAUAUUUGUUAUUAAUUUUCAUAAAGAACUGAUAUUUUUUGUGUUUUAUAAUCUUUAAAGUUCAUUCUCCAAGCAGACGCAGUUUACUCUGCUUUCACACUGGUUACCCCGUUUUAACACCGGUAUUUUUAACACCGGUAAGUUACUCUUUCUACACCGGUGUAAUUUCAUUUUUAUACUGAGCGGUGUUAAAAUAAGUCCGUUUUUAACACCGCUCUUUUUACAGUAUAUUCAUGCUUCACAGAAUGAUUUUCUACUAUUGAAAAAUAUGAUUAUGUAUCACUACGAAUUGGUCCCAAUCAAGCUGAAAUAUAAUUUCUAUUAUCUGCGUACGUGGAACACUCGACGAUUUAAAACAGUUUUUUUUUUUUCUUAUAGUAUUUUUAUAAAUAAUACAAAAAACGUAUGAUUUAUCUUUCCUUCCGGACCAUCGCACUCACAUAUAGUAAUACUGAGAAUGGUGGAACUCUGUUACAGAUAAAUCUAUAGUAAAAUCUAUACAAAAAAAAUUACCUCUUCGGUUUUCAUAUUCUCUUAUUAAAAUGCUCGAUUUUUGGCGAUUAAAGUAGCAAAGGGUUAAAUGAAAAGACUUUAAUAUUUUCAGAAGAGCAAAACAUCAAUCAAACUAUAAUACAUUCCUUAAUAUUUAUGAACAUUUAAGCCAAAAAUAAAUAUUUUCGGCCAUUUCGUAUCAAGAAAAAAUAACAGACAAGAAGGUGACAAAUAAAACUUUGAAAAAUACUGAAGUGUUGAUGCCGGCAUGGACCCUUAUAAUGAGUGUUUAUACCUGCUCAAAAAAGAAUUAUCCUAUCAUUAUUAAGUCGCUUUACCUACUCUGGUUAUUGACAAUAUUCAUCUUCCGAUAUCCAUUAAAGUUAUUAUUUUGUAAUGAUCUUUCGGAUAAAAGGAUUUAAGAAUACAAGUAUGCUCAGGCCAUUCCGGAACAAUACAGUUGUCAUUACGGAAAAAGAAGGGCAGACUGGACAACAAUUUAUACCUAAAUGAUCAAAAUAUCCUAAAACGUUGUUACACUUGAACGUCAUCAGAACUUAUUCGACUCUCGUCUUGUGCAGUGUUCACAUCUCAGAAUUUACCAUAUAACCGCCUCAAUAAGUUUAUUUUCAAAUUUUCGUUAACAAAUUACAGUGACGAGUGCUGAAAACUUAAGACGAUUUUUGAAUCCGGCAAUUUCAUUAAUAAAUUGUGAUCUUGUUAUUUAUUAUAUAUAAAAAUUGAGUUUAAAAUUAACAAUACUGUAAAAAUUAGUAAAAUUUUAACAAUUCUAGUGCGUAGUACAAAUUAAUAUAACUGUGAUUAAAUUUGUUUAAAUUUUAGUUAAUUCACUGAAAUAAUUUCUUUGAUUUCAUAAAUUGGUAUAACCAUUUAUCAAAAACAUUGACAAUAAAAAUUAAAACGUGGUGAUAUCUACAAGUUCAGUGAAGUUUUAAACAAAUUAUAAGAAAAUUAAUGAUGUCGAAGGUUUAUAAACGAAGUGAUUUCACUGCUGCAGUUCAUGCUGGUGAUACAAAGAAAUUAAAAAAUCUUUUGAGAUCGUCAAAACUCUCUAGCAUCCCUGGGCUUUCUCCAAGUAGACUAGUGACGCUCGCUCUUCGACACAGACAACAAAAAGUAGCAAAAUUACUUUUAAAAAGAAAAUUCGAAAUAAAAAACCAAAGUAAUCGUUCAGCGAAUACACCUCUACACUACGCAGCGAAAUUAGGAGACUUAAAAUUGGUGAAACUUUUGAUAAGAAACGGCAUGGACACCAACGUCAGAGGAAAAUUCGGCAUAACUCCUUUGCAUGUCACUGCAAUUUAUGACAAAUAUCAGAUUAUGGAAUAUUUAAUCCAAAACGGUGCGAUUCUUUCUCUAGAGGGCACAGAAGGUAUUCUUAAAGGCUAUACACCCUUGCACGUUGCCACCGAAUUAAAUUUUCAUAAAUGUGUACGUCUGCUCAUCAAAUACGACAAUUCAACAGUAAAUCCAAAAAACCAAGAUGUCAUUCAUCCAAUACAUAUUGCAGUGAUGUUAAGACACUUUAAAGUAACUCAAAUACUGCUGCCACACAUCAACAACAUCAACGUUACUUUUAAAGAUGAAUUUUUCCCGCGAUUCUACGGUAAUCCUGACCACUGUGAAAGAUAUUAUGACAACUACACUUUGUUACUCUGUGCAAUAUCCUUUACAUCAUUUAAAAUUACUAAUUUAUUAGUUAACCACGGCGCAAAUGUUCAGAUAAAAACUGCACUGGGAAAAACUGCUCUGAUAUUGGCCGCGGAAACGAGUAAUCAUGAAAUAGUUAAACUAUUGUUAACUCAGAGCAAAGUAGUAGAAUCUAUCAAUGACUUUGACGACUUAGGACGCAAUGCUUUGCAUUCCAUAUUUUAUAAUUAUGAAAGCCAGAGAUGUUUGUAUUCAAAAACCGAGUUUUAUAGCGUGGCAAUGAAAUUGGAGAUCAUCAAAAUGCUAAUGGACGCGGGAAUCGAUAUGAAUGCUUCGAUGCAACUCACUUACAACAAUUUACCAAUUACUCCAUUGUCUUUGGCAGUUGAAUACGGAUUUAUGGAUAUUGUUCGCUAUUUGCUUUAUUUUACUGAUACUGAUUUAAAGCAAAUUAACCGCCUAAUGUUAGAAAGUGCCCAGAUGUUUGACAAUUUAAUUCACCCAGAUAUACUGCAGGACUUUGAAUAUGUUCAAGACUAUAAGUCGGGAUUCAAAGAAAUAGGCUACGAUUUGAUUACUGCCGUCUUAAGGAUCCACUUAAUCGGUAUGCCGGUUGAUCAAGAAAUUUUAAAUUUGGUUAUGACGGAACCAGUGCAUGAUAUGGAUAUCAACAGAAGUCAGUAUGCUGAGUUUCUUCAGAUAAUAAAAAAACCGAUUGAAGAAAUGGUUAAUAAGAUGGAGCAGGAGAAAGUUGUUCAUGAUUGUAAAAUAUCUUUGCUGCAAUUGGUGACUUGUGAUAUGAAAAGUUUAGUUAAGUUUGCACGUGUUCAAGAAGUAAGGGAUUUAUUGAUGAGAAUUGAGAGCUACGAAGAAGAAUAUUUUUAUUUUCAUCAAAUACUGAAGAGCCGCUUGGAAUACGCGGUAAAAAAAAAUAAACUAAUCGAGCAAAGCUUAGAUAUAAUUUGUAAUUUAUUUGAAAAUAAUUUAGGAUAUGAUAUUUGUGAGAUGGUUGUAAAUUUUUUAAAUGAUGAUGACAUGAAUUACCUUGUUAGUUAGUUUUAAUAUUUGUAUAAUAUUGUUGAUGAAUUUUAUGUAUAUAAUGUUAAAUAAAAAAACUUAAAAAUGA